AUGAUAAAAUCCGACUCUACAAACAUUUUGCGCUCUAAAGUCAUUGAUUUUUUAAAUUCUCCUAACUAUCAAUAAAAGAAAAGUACUUUCAACAUCAAUGAGAAAUUGACUGAUUAAUAAAAAAUGAAAAUACUUAAAAAAAUUACUAGUGAAAGUGAUAGAUUUCAAUUUGAGUUAACUUAUAGCUUAAAAAAUUAUCAAAAGGCCACCUUUUAGCCACCUGUUAACUCUGAGUACUACGAAUCUGUUAGAAAAGUAGAAGAAAAAAGUAAAUAUUCAAAGGAAUAAUAAAAAGAGUCGACUCCUAUAGAGUUUAGCUCCUCUCAACAUAAAAAUGAAGGUAAUGAGCAGCAACAAAAGCAAAUAUUUUUGCAAGACAAAUUUAAUUUCGUCAACUCUAAAAAAAAUAUGAGUCCUCGUCAUCAAUGCCUUCCAACUACGUUUAAUGAAAGUGACUUUUAAAUAUAAAAUUAAGUAAACCCAUUAGACAAGUAUUCUAUAAGUUAUUAGUAAAAUCAAAAUGAUAAAAAAUAAACUGAAGAGAGUGAUUAAAUUUUUGAUGUAAUCAAGGAGGUAGAAGAAAGUGGAAGUCAAAAAGAAAAUUCAUAGAAAAGUUUAAAAUCAAAAUUAAAUACUUCAUAAAAAAUAGAAAAUAAUUUCUUUCCACUUUCGCUGACUAAAGAAUAUAAAAAUCUUUAUAAGUAGAAUUCUGUAAAAUAAGAAAGCCCUUUGAAUGCAGAUUAAAACUGCUUAAAUUCGACUAAGAAUCAAAAACUAUAAAAAAGUUAGGCACUCUUUAAUACCAUAAAAUAUCAGUAAAUAAUUAGUGACCCUUUGAUAGAUCCAUUGACAGAUGAUAUUGAUGAAUUGUCUGCUCUUCGUAAGAGGAGUAACCACAACAUACUUACCACUAAGAUUUCUCUUGCUACUCCUCCUUCUUAAAUACAUACUUUAGUCAAAAAGAAUAAUACUUACUUUUUCGAUAAGUCAAAUAAAUACAAAAAAGAGUUCUUUGUUCCUCCUGUAAAAAAUUAGUAUCUUAGAGAUAUUCAAUUUAAAGAGGCUGAAAGCGAAUCUCUUCAUUUAAAAAACCAAUUUUAUGACUAAAAUUAGGCAAUUAUAGAGGAGUAAAAGGAAAACGAAAAUCAAAGUAAAGUGGCUGAAAAAGACGAGUUUUGCAAUAAAUAUUUCAGCAAGUCGAGUUACCAUUAAUAGAGCUAUACUUUAUCCACACAAAGUAAUAGGACGCUUGACUAGAGUUCGUUGGAUAAAUUUGGUAAUUACACAAUACAAUCUGCUUUAAAAAGCCAAUAAAAAAUCAAUAAGAGUAAACAAAGCGAGAAAAGCGUGAACUAAAAUUCUCUCAAUUAAUCUUUAUUUCAAAACUCAUAGGCACUAAAUAUUUAAUAAGAUUUUAAUGGGCUCAACAAAACAUAAGAAGCCUCAAUACAAUCUGAAGAGUUAGAGAGUAGCUAAAUUAAUACAAAAAGCUAAACUUCUCUUAAUCCUAUUUAAAAUAGUAAAAUAAUUCCCAACUUCCUUCCUCAGAAUCCAUAAAUAGAAACGAGAGUUAACUCAUAAAUUAACAAUAAUAAACUUAAUUUUGGAGAAAAAUAAAAGCAAAAUAUACGCAUCAAUAUAAAAGAUACAGACAAAUCUAAAACAAAGUUAUUCAGUGAAAACAGUGAUGAAAUUGUUAAUUCAAAGGAAAGCAUUACACUGAAAGAUCUUGGUGACUUUUAGCAGUCUGCUUCAAAAAGCAAUAAAUUGGCUUAUGAUAGAUUUAUAUUUAACAUUGGAGAGUAUGAAAAGAACAUUCAGAGCCUGUUGCUUGUGUCGCUUAACGAAAGUCCUUAAUUUAGCAGAAAAAAAACUUCACUUCCAAAAAUAAAGAUUGUAAGCAAAAGUGGUCGAAAUGCUUAUGAAAACCCUGCUCCUGGCUACUACAAUUUAGCAGAUAUCAACCACAAGAAUAAAAGGGGACAUACUUUUUCCAAAGCAAAGAAGGUUUCUUCAAUCCAAUUAUUGUCUUAGUAUUAUGAAAAGUACACUCCUCUGAAUAACCUAAAGCAGUAACCUCCUCAUGAAGAAACAGCCGAAUAGUAUUUUAGUAAAUUGAUGAAUGAAGUUAAGAGAUAAGUAGAUCGAGAAAGGCGUCAAAUAGGAUAAGUUUUACUAAAAGCUGACUCAAUUUAAGAGCUUAACUCUAUAGAAUAAAAUGUCAUAGAUCGCUAUUAGACAGAACUCAUUCAAAAGAUGAUUUAGUGCAAGAGAUAUAUCAACAGCAUAAAAUAACAUUUAAGAAAGGAUGAUCCACCAUUUUUAAAAAAAUUCUGA